AUGGGCGAUAGAUUCAUCCCCAUACGCAACGUCAGCAAUGAGUUUGAUAUUAGUUUUGAAUCGAUUCGGAAGACAAUAAGUGAAGGAACAUCUUUACGACGUAAGAGUUCCGGAAGUGUUCAACGGCAAUUUAUGGAGCUUCUAAGUAUCGAACUAUUUGGAAAUAAACAGGUAGCCUCAAGAACCUUUCGCUACGGAGACCUCAAAGAGAAGUCAGAAAAAAGUUACUUUGACAUUCCCACAAGGAAUUCGUACUCAUUAUCUCCCAUCUCACCUCAAUCACAAGACCUCUUGCUUCGUCCUCCAAAACCUAAAAGAGUAUUUCCUAAAGCUCCAUACAAAGUUUUGGAUGCCCCUUACUUGGAAGAUGACUUUUAUCUUAACUUGCUUAGUUGGGGAAGAUCAAACAUAUUAGCAGUGGGUCUGGCGAGCAGUGUAUAUUUGUGGUCAGCCAACAGUGGUAAAGUGGUGAAACUCCAUGACUUUGGGGAAGCAAACAAUGUGACUAGUGUUUUGUGGACUGGAAUAGGAACUAAUAUCGCCGUUGGAACAGAUUCAGGAUUUAUUCACAUCUGGGACACGGAAUGUACCAAACCCAUAAGGAGUUUACGCGGCCACUCCAAAAGAGUAGCAGCAUUAGCGUCCAAUGGUAAUACUUUAACAAGUGGUGGAAAAGAUGAAAUGCUAGCACAUCAUGACCUGCGUCAAUCUGAAUGUUAUCUGAAAGUUAAAGGACAUGACCAAGAAAUUUGUGGUCUUCAAUGGGAAAGCAACCUAGGUCAAUUGGCAUCUGGCGGAAAUGACAACAAACUCGUUGUAUGGGACUAUCGAACCACAAGACCACUGCAUACAUUCUUGGAGCAUAGUGCCGCUGUCAAAGCAAUUGGGUGGAGCCCUCACCAACGAGGAAUUUUGGCAAGUGGAGGAGGAACAGUCGACAGAUCCUUAAUGAUACAUAAUACAUUAACAGGAAAGCUGCAAAAUCGGCUGGAUACAGGAUCCCAAGUAUGCAAUUUGGCAUGGUCUAAGACGUCGAAUGAAAUUGUUACUACUCAUGGCUAUGCCAAAAAUCAGGUUUCACUAUGGAAGUAUCCAACACUUUCAAACGUUGUUAAUCUUACUGGACACACAAACCGUGUGCUUCAUUUGUCUAUGAGCCCUGAUGGCCAGUCUAUCGUUACAGGAGCAGGUGAUGAAACAUUGAGAUUUUGGAAGCUUUUCAACAAAAAACCAAAACAAGAAAGUUCAUUAAUUCGUUAA